AAUUGGUUAGGAUCUAGGACUAAUGAGUGGGUGCAUGACAUACGAACACUGCCUAAUCUACAAUUCUGUUCCCCAAAACGUGAACCCAGUUUCAGACCGUUGACAGUCGAUCUAACACCAUCUAAAACCCUAGAAACAAUUAACAUUCAUUCAUCGUCUUCUUUUACUUUCUAUAUCUCUCUGUACAUAAUUUAUAUCCAUAGAUGCAUAUAUAUACUACGAGAAUGCAGUCUCCAUGUAUCGGCGUCUGCAACAAUUUCACGGGCUCACACCAACAAUUUAUGGGGUUUGGCACUCAUCACUCUCUCUCUUCUUCAAACCGGACCUUCUUGCCCUCUAGAAGGUCCUAUCCACGUCUUUCGUGCAGUUUCAGUAACGGACGCAAUCGAAGCCCUAAUCGCGAGAAGUCUAGACAGAGGAACAGCGGUGGUGAUGGUAGAGAGAGAGUGAAGACUAAGGGCAAGGACAAUGUGUGGAGUGUCGAUAAUGACAUUGCCAAGGCGGAGAAGGAGAGAGGGCAUCGGAGGAGGAAGAGAGGGAGGAGGGUGAGGACUGUGGGGAAGAGGUCUAAGGGUGAUAGGGUUAUGGUGUCUGGAGCUAUGUUGAUGGAGGUUGAGACUGUUCUGCAAACUCAGGAACCUGUAAUCCGUCCAGUAUGGAAUACAUUUGCAAGCAGUAUCAGUGGAAUUUGGAAGGGAGUGGGAGCAGUAUUUUCUCCCAUCACUGCUGAAAUGGAGCCAAUUGAGAUUGGAAAGAAGAAUGAAAACUUAUAUGACUGUUAUACUCUUUCACGAAUUGAGGCAGUGCCAUCCCCUCGUGGAGAGCAGAAAUCUCAAAUCCAAAAAAGAAUAAAUUGGGUCACAUUGAAUCCUUAUGGUGAAAAUAAACGGCUGAACAGAGGCAGCAGUAGAAGUGAAGGAAAUUCUACAGAUGAAGAUGCAAAGGAGACAUUUCAUGGAAGUCUGGCAAAUCAUGUUUUGCCAAAAUAUGAGUCUUUUGACUUUGGGAGAAGUGAUGUGAUGGAAGAAGAUCUCAUGGGCAUGGAGCCUGGUCUUGUUUACUUCGAGGAUGGAUCUUUUUCCAGGGGCCCUGUUGAUAUUCCGGUUGGUGAAGUUGAUGAGUCCCAGUAUUAUCUGUCACCAACUUUAAAGUUUGAGCAAUGUUUGGUCAAAGGUUGCCACAAAAGACUGCGCAUUGUUCACACUAUAGAAUUCAGUAAUUUGGCCUCAGACAUCCAGAUAAUGAGGGUUGCUGUUUAUGAAGAAGAGUGGGUCAGUCCUGCUAAUAUCCCCGACCAUAGUGACAUUGAGUUUGAUUUGAAGCCAUUUUCUCAGAGGAAAAGAAUUCAACCAGCAGAGCUGACUGGAUCCUGGAAGGUGUUUGAGGUGAGUGCUUUCCCAAUCUAUGGUGAGGAGAUGGUAACAGAGGAAAGCAACAGCACCCCUUAUGUAUACCUGUGCACAGAGACCUUAAAGAAGAGAAGCUUGCCUGAGAAUGCAGUUCAUUUUGGAGAGGAAGAGGCGCAAGAUAUGCAGGACAUGGCCAUUCUGUGGCUGCCAGGAGGUGUCACUGGCUAUGUUGACGUAAAUAAGGACGGCACCCUAUGUAUUGGGGUUGGUUGGUACUCUGACGAAGGAGUCAACCUUGUCAUGGAGAGGGAUUAUGGAAUAGAUGGGAAGCUCAAGGAGGUUCGAUGGAAGACUGAAGUGAAGAGAAGGUGGUCAAACCCAAUCCCAGAGUAAAUUAUCUUAAAAUGUUUUUGUUUGUCUGCUAAUAGUGUUGACUGUACAUGUCUGAGUUAAAGAAAACUAAGAAAUGAUGGGGCAAAUUUAACGCUUUGUUAAUAAUUGUGUUUAAUCGGCCAGAACUUUGCAGCUCUGUAGGCGGUCCUGUCCAUUCCUUGUGUAAAUUCUCUUUAAAAGUUUCCAUUUGUUAUGUUACCAAGGAUCUGCAGCAAAUGUUGAUAUAUGAUAACCGAGUGUUGACAGCCAA